AUGGGUGUCCUCGAGCAACUUUCCCGCAAGUCCGGCGUCAUCGUCGGUGACGAUGUCCUGCGUCUCUUCGAGUACGCCAAGGCCAACCAGUUCGCCAUCCCCGCCAUCAACGUGACCUCUUCUUCCACCGUGGUUGCUUCCCUCGAGGCUGCCCGUGACCAGAAGUGCCCCGUUGUCCUGCAGCUCUCCCAGGGUGGUGCUGCUUUCUUCGCUGGUAAGGGUGUUGCCAACGGUGACCAGACUGCCUCCAUUGCUGGUGGUAUCGCCGCUGCCCACUACAUCCGUAGCGUGGCCCCUGCCUACGGUAUCCCCGUCAUCCUCCACACCGACCACUGCGCCAAGAAGCUCCUCCCUUGGUUGGACGGUCUCCUCGAUGCCGAUGAGGCUUACUUCAAGCUCCACGGAGAGCCCCUCUUCUCCUCCCACAUGAUCGAUCUCUCCGAGGAGCCUGUCGACUACAACAUCAACACCACCGCCGCCUACCUCAAGCGUGUUGCUCCCAUGAAGCAGUGGCUCGAGAUGGAGAUCGGUAUCACCGGUGGUGAGGAGGACGGUGUCAACAACGAGGACGUUGACAACAACUCCCUCUACACCCAGCCCGAGGACAUCCUGGCCAUCCAGAACGCCCUCAGCGCCAUCUCCCCCUACUUCUCCAUCGCCGCCGGCUUCGGUAACGUGCACGGAGUCUACAAGCCCGGCAACGUCAAGCUGCACCCCGAGCUCCUCGCCAAGCACCAGAAGUACGUCGCUGAGCAAAUCGGCUCCAAGUCCGACAAGCCCGUCUUCUUCGUCUUCCACGGUGGCUCUGGCUCCUCCAAGGCCGAGUUCAAGGAAGCCAUCUCCUACGGUGUCGUCAAGGUCAACGUCGACACUGACAUGCAGUACGCUUACCUCACUGGUGUCCGUGACUUCGUCCUCAAGAACAAGGACUACCUCCUCUCCCAGGUUGGUAACCCCGAUGGCGCCGACAAGCCUAACAAGAAGUUCUUCGAUCCCCGUAACUGGGUUCGCGAGGGUGAGAAGACUAUGUCUGUUCGUGUCCAGGAGGCUCUUGCCGACUUCAACACUGCUGGUCAGCUUUAA